AUGGCCCGGCCGAUGCGAAGUACACGGUUGAACGGCAGCCCGAAUGCCAGCUUCGGGCAGAUUGAUUACAGACGCAGUCGCAAGGCCAUGUUGUCCUCGUCAAGCCGCGCACGCGACAGCGGCCAGGCUGCCAGGCAUCUUGCGUGGGCGCCGACGCUGAUGGAUGACGAACAUGAUGUUAGCCGGAGAGCCACCUGUGCCACCACCACCAUGGCGCAGGGCAAAAUCUCUCUCGUCUCCAUUGCGCCGCAUCCACACCAUCGAGAAGAAACCGGCCUUGGUCGCAUGCGAGUCCCUGCCCUUGGUGGAGGCCAUGGAAGAAGCCGGGAAGCCUAG